AUGGCCCAUCCGUACGCGCCUUUGGGAGGAUGCUACGACGACCCGAUUGUUGACAUCGUCGCGGGCACUUUGCUACGCCACGGGUUUCUUGUUGGAACCUUCAAUUUCAGAGGUGCCUCGGGCUCGGCAGGGCGCACUUCAUGGACGGCGAAGCCGGAACGCAGCGACUACAUGUCGUUUAUCGGGUUUAUGGUCUACUACAUGCACUUCCUCGAUCCGUUCGGUCCUCGCAUAUCACGGUCGCCGUCAACAGCCCGAGCCCCUUCGCCCCCGGAUGCGCCGCCAGGGUCGUCUCCGUCGGAUCAGCCGGUUCUCCUCCUCGGCGGUUACUCUUACGGCGCAAUGAUUACGACACAGAUACCGCCAAUUGCACACAUUCUUGCACAGUUCAAGGCACCAGCAGUGGGUUCGGCGGCGGCCGAUAUACGACUACGAGCCCAGCAUCUGGCUGAACAGCAGAAUGUCAUCUUGGCCAGCGCCAGGGCGGCCCAGUCUACGUCGCCCCGUAAGAAAUAUCUAGGCAUGCGGGUCGGCGGGGAUGAGGAUACCCAGCGCAAAAGCCACGAUUCGAGGAGGUCGUUUUCCAUGGAUGCGGAGGACAAGAUCCGACGAGGUGUGAACGAGCUGCUAGCAAAAACAAAACGGCACCACCAUCACCUCCACCACAGGGGCGGCGACGUUGUUCCCGAGGAAAAAGAGGACGCCGCCCCAGUUGCUGCCUCCGAGCAGCAGAAUACCCCUCUCGUGUUAGAUGAGGUCGGGGGUUUGACGCAGGUGCGACCGGCGUACCUGCUCGUGUCCCCACUGCAAGGAGUGAUCACUCACUUGGCGACGAUGUCGUUUCUUCCCACGUCUGCAGGACGAGGACUGUUUGCGAAAGCUUCGACAAGAUCCCGGGAGCAGGGGGCGCCAACUUAUACUUCUGACCACCGGCAGCUGAGCGAAACCAAGCUGGUAGAAAACCAGACGCUGGCAUUGUUCGGCGACAAAGACGGUUUCGUGCCCGUAGCCAAGCUUAGAAACUGGGUAGAAAGGUUAGAAAGCGUUGAACGCUCACGAUUUCAUGGCGAAGAAGUCGCGACGGCGGGCCACUUUUGGACAGAGGGAAAGGUCGCGUCAGUCCUUCGCGACAAGGUCGCCGAGUUCGCUGCUCUCCUCGUACAGCAGGAGAGCGUGGACACAUCAACAGGCGUGCCUUGA